UUGCGUUUUCUCCCCAACAAGGAAGAGAGACGCGCUCUUCGUCGUGUGGUCUGGUUACUGGUCACAUGAGUAGAUCAUAUGCUUGUGAGGGAACUACAGUAGCCUAAACAUGGCAGUGUUGGCAUAUGUAACUUCGUCUCUUUUUAAAUAUGUGCUAGUUGUUGUUCUGUGUCUCUGCUGCUCCGGUGAUGCUCGGUUUAAAGGUUUCCGUAGAUUUAUGGAUCGGACCGAGGCAACACAGCACGUAGCUAAAACAGGACCUGAGGUGGAGGAUCACUGGUUCACCCAAAGACUGGACCACUUCAACGGCGCCGACACCCGAGUCUGGAAGCAGAGGUACUUUAUCAAUGACAGUUUCUACAGACCAGGAGGUCCGGUGUUUCUGAUGAUCGGGGGAGAGGGACCUGCAAACCCUGCCUGGAUGCAGUACGGCUCUUGGCUCACGUACGCAGAGAAGCUGGGGGCCCUGUGUCUUCUGCUGGAGCACCGCUUCUACGGCAAGAGCCACCCCACCGAGGAUCUCAGCACGUCCAACCUGCGCUUCCUGAGCAGUCGGCAGGCGCUGGCUGACCUGGCCCACUUCCGCUCGGUGGUGGCGGAGGAGCGGGGUUUGGCCAGCAGCAGGUGGGUGGCCUUCGGGGGCUCCUACCCCGGCUCUCUCGCCGCUUGGCUUCGCCUCAAGUACCCCCACCUGGUGCACGCUGCCAUAGCAACCAGCGCCCCCAUUCAUGCCACUGUCAACUUCCCAGAAUAUCUGGAGGUAGUGUGGCGUUCUCUGGCCUCGUUCAGCCCUGAGUGCCCCCUACUGGUCAAACAGGCAUCCGACACCCUGAGCCAGAUGCUCAAGAACCCUCUCACCUUCAGCAACAUCACCAAGGAUUUCCAGUUGUGUUCUCCUCUGCAGCUGGACUCCUUCAUGGACUCCGCCCACUUCCUGGAGGCGCUGGCGGGCAACUUCAUGGAUGUGGUUCAGUACAAUGAGGACAACCGCGCUUUUGAGGGCGUGGUGGGCACUAACGUCACCAUAGGUGUGCUGUGUGGGGCGAUGGCGGACGCGUCUCUGGGCAGUGUGUACGAGCGCUACGCAGGGGUGGCGCGUCUACUCCUCCACACACACUCCCAGCGCUGCCUGGACCCACGCUACACCGCCUACCUGCAGGACAUGACCAACACCAGCUGGAGCGCACCUGGAGCCGCAGGAGGCAGGCAAUGGGUCUAUCAAACAUGUACAGAGUUUGGAUUUUAUCAGAGCACGGACUCUCCCAACCAGCCUUUCACUGGAUUCCCUCUUCCGUACCACCUGCAGCAGUGUUCUGACAUCUUCAAUGUGAGUGUGGACGUAGUGGCGGCGGUGCGGGACACUAACGAGCAGUACGGCGGCUACGGGUUGCGGACGUCUCGGGUGGCCUUCCCCAACGGCUCCAUCGACCCCUGGCACGCCCUCGGCGUCACACAGGACCUGAGCCAGCAGCUGCCCGCCAUCUUCAUCAAAGGUACGGCUCACUGUGCUAACAUGUAUCCUGCGCGUGCAGAGGACCUCCCCCAGCUGGCUCUGGCGCGGGACCACGUGUACCUGCUGCUCCAGCAGUGGCUGAAAGAGUGACAGACAUGUGUGUUAGCCAAUCACUGCACAGCCAGAGCUGACUGACCAGCCUGACAACCAAUCAAAAAGCCAGUGUAAGGGAUGGAAUGUGAACCCUUCAGAGAUCAUAUAAUCAUGGGUCAGUGUCUCUAUGCUGUCAAAGGUGUGUGUGUGUAUGUGUGUGCACGGGUGUGUGUGUGUGCGCGGGUGUGUGUGUGUGCGGGUGUGUGUGUGUGUGUGUGUGUGUGUAUGUGUGCGGUGGGUGGGGAGAGGGGCUGCAGGCAGGUGCCUGAAUGAUGUUUUUAUUGAACAGCUGGUUCUGAAAAAGGCAAAAGAAAUGCAGGUGUGUGUGUGUGUGUGUGUGUGUGUGUGUGUGUGUGUGUGCAGGCUUUAUAGUGAUCAAAAUAAAGUUUUCCUACAGACAGG